AUGACGCUCCCCGUCGAGCAACUGGCGGUACGGCCGUAUGAGCGUAAGCUUAGUAAUGCUUGGUGGCAGCUGACCACAGUCCACACGCCAACAGGCAGCUCGGCAACGUAUCCCUCCACGCCGCAGUCGGCGUCAACUCUGCGCGCAACCUCGCCCUCAACCCCGCCCUCGCCGUCUCCUUCACCUUCGAACUUCCCGCUCCCUCCUCACGGCCAACCUCCCCCCGGCGCCGGCGCGCAAGCGACGCGCUCCUCAUUCCUCCUACACCUCAAGCGCAACAGCGCCGCCGAUCUCCUCGACUCCGUCGAGUGGGUGACGGAUACGUUCUCCUCGCUCCGCACACAGCUGCGGGACCGAGACGCCGAACUCGCUCUUACCCGGCACUACGUCGCAUACCUCGAGCGCGUAGUUGAGGAGCGCGAUGGGAGGAUUCGGGCCCUGGAGCAGCAGGCGAGGAGGGACGCAAGGACGAUUCAGAAGCAUCGAGAGGGACUGGGUAUUGCGUGGAGCGCGAUGAUGCCCCGUGAGGCGCAGAGGGGGUUCCAGCCUGGUGGCCGCGGAAAGGGCAGUGAUGGAGGGGACGGAGGUAACGGAGGGCAGAGAAGGCUGAAGGCGCAGAGGAGCUGGAACGGUCUGCUGGCGCGACACCGGGAGGCUGGGAAUGUGGGACAGGCGCUGUAA